AUGUCCAGGUGUCCCGUGCUAUUUGGACAGAGACAGCAACGUUUGUCCAUCAAACUUCUCACAACACUCCGGACGAUGGUCAAAGUGAUACUGCCUCCUACGACAGAUGGCGACGCUGUUCCCGUGGAGCAUCGCGAUUUCUGUGACCUUUUGUUGAAUACGAAAGCGAAGAACACCAUGAAGAUGCACCAAAAAAUUUGGAAGAAACCUAUCGCAAAACAAACUCCAACUAACGAGGGAGAGGAGAUCAAAAUUGACGCAAAACAACUUUCCCACCGUAAACACGGCAAAAGUGCUAGUGGUGUUGAAAGUGGCAUACUGCGAGGGAAAGAGAAGGCUAUGUUUUUAGCUGGCGCAAAAUGUCACUGCAUGGCAACAGAAGAGUUCAAUGCACUGCAUCGUUUCAGGUCAGACUCAGCACAGUAUCCUCUGUGCAGAGUUAUCAAAUGGACCUGCAAAGCGAAUCAAAUGUGCUGUGGGCUAAAGGCGUGCUGUCCGGCUGCAGAUGAUGACAUAGGCAUGCAGAUCUACUCUUUAGUAAAGGUUGUGUUAGGGUACGUAUUCAAUUUGUAUAUAAGCUGCUCAAGGUCGUUUGUUCUUUCACACUGCAUGACACAUAUGGUACGUCCGGAUGAAUCUUUCCACAAAAAGUAUUUUACGGUUGUCGAUUCGUAA